AAGUUGACAGUCUUUUCAGGCUUUAGUCGCAAAGUGUACAUUAUGCUGUGACCAUAAGAAAGGCCAUGAUGGGUUGAUCUUCCUGAUGGGUACGGAUGGAAAGAGGCUGCCUGUACCCUGUGAAGCCUGCUCUCCAGCUGCCCCUGCACACGGUGCCACCUCUAUGGAAGAUGAUGCCAGUCCCUGCCACUCCUCACUGGACAGCCUCUUAAGCCCUGAGCCUGAUAACAAAUGACUUCUAAUUUGGACUGACUUUACUGCUUGCUUCUACAGCAGUGGAGAGGUGUAGCACAUUGGCUUUACCCACCACAGCGGCUAUGGUGAACAUCCCUGUAACAAAAGACAGAUCAACAAGAAAAGAAUAGCAGAUCUGUUUCACCAGAAUUUGACAGGGAUGUAGAUGUGUGAUUGGACAGAAAGGUUUGGUCUCAGAUGGGAACGCUCCUCUGCAGGGCUUUUGUGGACCUCUGUUCGUCAGUCUCUGCUUGUCACUUUCCCUCUGGGUAACCAGCAAUGGAGAGGAAGAUAAGCAGAAUCUGUCUUGUUUCCAAACCCAAUGUAACUCAUUUUUUGCAAGUGUCUUGGGAGAAAUCUCUAGAAUCUGGUUUUGUUAUUACACUUACGGAUGGUCAGUCGGCAUGGAUUGGAACAGUUUCUGAGUCCGAGAUUGGCCAAGAAGCAGACGACAUGGCAAUGGAGAAAGAAAAAUACGUGGGCGAGCUGAGGAAAGCCCUGGUGUCUGGCGCUGGAACUGGGGAUGCAUACAAGUUUGAUUUUUCUGAAGGGGACUGUUGUUUCUCCUGUGAGAAAAACCUGAAAGAUGUUUCAUUUAGGCUUGGAUCCUUCAACCUGGAGAAAGUUGCGAACCCCGCUGAGGUCAUUAGAGAACUUCUUUGUUACUGCCUGGACAACAUCGCAGAAAACCAAGCCAAAAACGAGCAUCUGCAGAAAGAAAAUGAAAGGCUCCUGAGAGACUGGAACGACGUUCAGGGACGAUUUGAAAAAUGUGUGAGUGCCAAGGAAGACUUGGAGACUGAUCUUUAUAAGCGGUUUAUUCUGGUGCUGAAUGAGAAGAAAUCAAAGAUCAGAAGCCUUCACAAAUUGCUAAAUGAAGUUCAAGAACUGGAAAAGAAUAUUGAACGUGAAAGAGAAGCUACAGCCAGCUCGGAAACCCCAGCUGCCCGCGACCCCCUCUAUGAUGCGAGUACGGAUGAGGGAAGUGGAAGUGAGUCUGAGCCCCCGGCGUCAGCUCCAGAUCAAGGUUGUAUUGAUAAGACAGUUGUGGUCUCUACAGCUCAAGCCUCAGAUUACAAAGCCUCUUUAAACAAAGAAGACUCACUUAUCUCAAGCCCUGAUGUCACAGACGUUGCGCCAAGUAGAAAGAGGAGGCAGCGGAUGCCGAAGGAUGUUGGAUCAGAAGCCAAAGUGGCUCCUCGUGGGACGCCGCUUCCGGAAAAGAAAAAUGCCCAAACACGUGAAGAAAGCAAGCGUGUCAGUUAUGUGAAAAGGUGAACAGAACACCUUUCUGAAGAACAGACCCCUGACCCGUGACCCCUCAGGUCCCGCGCUGUACAACACGAUGCUUCCCAGCAGCUUGGAGAUGUGCUUUGUUUACCUGCAACUCAUGCGGAGAUACUGAUUCAACAUGUGAACCAUCCGUGCAAAAAAAUAUUCACAACAGUUCCACCUUGAGCUCUCAUUUGGAGAGGUCAUAAAUGAAUUUUUACCCUCAUAGUCACUCACUAGAUGAGAUAGGAGUUAUGGGGCCACAAAACAUUUUCCUUUCUAUUGAAAGGAGGUGACAGCAUGUGGACUUCGUGGCUUAACCAUCACUGAAGAGGAGCAACAGUGCAUCUAUCCCAAAGACACUGGAUUGAGGACAGAAUCACCACUGAACUUGUCAGGAAGACACUAGAGCAAACCAGCACAAGGGGUUUAUGUCUGACUUUGCAAAGCAGCCAUUUUUAUGUUUUCUGCUACUUCUGGAUGGCUGAUAGCGCCAGAUGGCUUCCUUGUAAGUGGACCUGCUACUAAUAAGCUAGGACUGAUGUGUAAUUACGCUUUCAGUGCUUCAUCUGCGAAACACCCUGGGUUAUUUUACAUGGGAGCAUCUGGCUCACAUGUGUACAGUGGUUACCCCGCGGUGAUUGACAUGUGUAUUCUUCUAAUAAAGUCCCAGUGGCACAGAUGUGAGCACUGCCUUCUGCAAGCAGAACUUGCAUUUGAGAAAUGCUUGCCCCUACCCUUCCUGAAAUGAACAUUUCAGUCUUAUGCAUGCAGACACACAUGGGCACGCACACACACACGCACAUACAUGCAUUGCACUAUAACCAGGACAUAGCAUAAAUAUUCCAUGCUAUAUAUUCCAGUCGUUGAACAGAUAUAUGUAAGGAACUUUAUCUUUUCUAACAUUUAUUUAUACCACAGCAUCUGUUUUGGAUUGCCGGCUUGAAGAAGGCGGUGGCCAUGUCAGCUUCACAUUAGGCAGACAGCAUCCAGGAAGGCAUAGUUCUCUUUUGAGUCUUUACUAAGUUUUUGUCACUCAAGAUAGUGAUGCCAAUGACUUUAAGAAAAAAGGGCAGUUUACAAUCCAACCUCUGUGCUUUAAGAGCCAUCUGCUGUACAUGCUCAUGUUUUCUACUUCACUCACUGCAGUUAGCCAGGUAGCACAGAAAGCUAUAGGUUUUUGCUUUUGUUCUUGUUCUGUUUUAGCAUGUUCUUUCCAUGUUCUUUCCAUGAUCCUGGCCACAGACUGAACUGGAUGAGAAGGGAAUCAGACCAAAUCAGAUUCGGUGGUUAGGUUCCACAUUGACCAUAUGGGGAAAUUUGAUCCGGUUUUCGUGCAGUCCAGUUUGCAACCAGAAUUGUGGAGAGAAUUAAAUUCGUGAACUGAAGCAGCACUGUAAUUUACUUCUUGUUAGAAUAAUUAUCUAGUGAGGUGCCGUGUGCUAUUUUAAACAGGUAAAGUUCAGGGCAGAUUUCGCGAGGCACGUAGCGUUCUAGCUGAGCCUCUAGGGUGGACAGAAUGAGAGUGAACCUGGGGAGUACCGGGAACACAAUCCAGGCAGAGGGGAAAGGGAAGGUGUGGAUUAGAGGCCGACACAGGUAGGCCUGGCCUCACAGCCUUUCAGGCCCAUCUUUUUUCUUCCUGAGGGCCAGGACUUUGAACACAAGCUCUGCACAUAGAGCUCUAUCCCCCGUUCUUUUUUAUUUUUACUUUUUUAUUUUGAGACAGGGUCUCCCUAAGCCUGUAAGUUGCUCUGGCUGAGCUCUAACUUGCAAUCUUCCUGCCUCAGCUUCCCAGAGUGCUGGGAUCUUAGACAUUUUAUAAACUGUGAGAUUUUGGUAAGUCUGUGUAAUAUGUUACUUUUUUCCUCAUACAGAAAAUAGAGACUGUAUGAACUUCCUGAUAUUAGGACCAUGAUACAUGUAUAGAACUUAGCAAAGUGCUGGCAUAAGAACAUUUAAUAAAUGUUCACUUUAACAAUUUUAAAUAUAUUGCAACAGAAUUUUAAAUGUUGAGCUAAAAAACAAAAGAGACAGUAAUUUUAAAAACACAUAGAAAGCUCAGGCAAUAUACAAAUAUCUAAACUUCCAAUUGAAAAUUUUAUUUCUAUGGAAAAAGUUAAAACAUUGUCUUUUCCCCCCUUAAGUUAUUCUUGUCAGUUAUAUAUAUGGCAGCAUUGUGUCAAAGUCUAAUCAUGCUUGGAUUAAAUUAUUAAUAUAAUAUUGAUAAAAACUUUUCAAUGCAGAAGUUACCUUUGAAUUUUAAUCCGUUUAUUGUUCCUCUCGUAGUAGGUCAUAAACUCUGUAGGCUGUGAUUCUCAAUCACUUGGAAAACAAUUCUGUGCCUUAUUUCCAAAUUAAUAAUUAUCUUUUACUUCAUGUGUACGAGACUUUGGCCUUGGCCCACACUCAUAAGCAAGCAUAAGCAUAAGGAAAUGUAAGAGACUCAUCAUUUAUAAUUGGUGAGAUGGUCUAAUCUAAAUUUCCCAAGAAAAAUGAACAAAACUCACACUUCAUUUACAUUAUCUGAGGUUCACUUAUGAUGUGCAACACCGGAACUUUUUGUGACUGCUGAGGAGGAGCUGGGGGCAGUGGUAAUCAUCGAGAAAGCAGAAGCCUCACUGGUCACUUCCUAGGUUGCUCUGUGUACUUAUUUUACUAAAUGUCGCCCUGCUCCCCAACAUGUAACCCUUCUAUUCCAAGUUUAAAUGAACAAUCAUUGUGGGCGUUUCCAGAAGCUUACUUAUAUCUACAUGGGAGUUGAAUCUUCCCAUGGUGAGAGUCACUUCAGAUCAAAAUAAGGCUCACCGUAAAACAGUUUAAUCUCAAGAUUGUGAAAACACGCGUUUGCUACAAUCUUAAAAGGGAUAAUUCUCCCGCUAGCAUUUCUAGUGGUAAGAACUUUCAGGAACUGGGGUGUUACAAGCCACCUUUUCCAAUUAGAAUUAAAUAUGCCUGUUGCCUUAAAACCCUUACCUGGGAGGAGUCUAUUCGAGGACAUUUAUUGUUUAUAUUUUUUGCUUUAAAUCCAGCUGCAAUUGUAUUAUUAGGUCAACUCAAUGACACGGAGUACUCUAAGGUUAAUAAAAACCAGUGUGUAGGCCCAUAAUUAUUGACAAAGAAAGAGAUUUGCCAAUAAAGUAACAAAAAC